GCUCCGCCUCUGCACUGGGAGUCGGUGUGAGCUGAGAAACCGAGGCGGAAAAUGUCCUGGGAACACUGGAACUAUUAGAACAGUUGGAAAGUGGAGACUAACUGCGGUUUUUCCGCCUGAGUGGUUUCUCUAAAGAAGAAACGAAGAAGACGAGUGUGCUGGUAAACUUUGGUUGUGCGUUGGUUAGCUGCUGAGCUAAUGAACUUUCCCCUGAGCUCCAGGCCUGAGCGCGCACACACUGCAACAGGUCUCCUCUCACUUCCUGUCACCUUUUUCCAUCUGGUUGGUUUUUUUUUAAUAAACUCCCGGCUCAUUUAUUCCCCGGAGAAGUGAGCAGUGUGUUUUUCUGAGUGCACGACUAUCUGAGCUGACUCAGUUGGGCGGCUGCUGUAGGACAAAAGGAAAAAAUUCAGGCGUUAAAACUGGAUUAAAUGCGUUACGAAGCCAAAAUGAUGCCGAUGUUCUUGACCGUGUACCUCAGCAACAACGACCAGCAUUUCACUGAGGUGCCCAUCACCCCGGAGACGGUGUGCCGCGAUGUGGUGGAGCUCUGCAAGGAGCCAGGAGAGGUGGACUGCCACUUAGCGGAGAUGUGGAGAGGAUCAGAGCGAGCUGUAGGCGAGGGUGAGAGGAUGCUGGAGCUACUGCAGCGCUGGGGCUCACGCAAAUCAGAGGUCCGCUUCUUCCUGCGCCACGAGAGAGUUCCCAGCCGUGAGCCAGGAAAUGCCAGGAGCAUGGAACAGAGGAGGAACGGUGUAAAAGGACCCCCAGAUAGAAGGAUGGAGAAUGGGGUGGCUGCUCCACGCAUGGACAUGACUCUGGCUGAGCUGCAGGAGAUGGCGACGCGACAGCAGCAACAAAUCGAUGCGCAGCAGCAGCUGCUGGCCUCUAAGGAACAGCGCCUGCGCUACCUGAAGCAGCAAGAUCAGAUGAAACAGCAGCAGGCUUCCGAACAGGAGAAGUUACAGCGCCUCAGGGAGAACGUGGAGAAGCAGGAGGCUCGGCUCAAGAAAGUGCGUGCUCUCAAAGGCCAGGUGGAGCAGAAGCGCAUCAGCAAUGGAAAACUGGUGGAGGAAAUCGAGCAGAUGAACAACCUCUUCCAGCAGAAGCAGCGUGAGCUCGUAGUGGCAGUGUCUAAAGUGGAGGAGCUCAGCAGGCAGCUGGAGAUGCUGAAGAACGGCAAGAUGGACGCUCUACACGAUAAUCAGAGCGCUGUGGCUGAGCUUGAUCGUCUCUACAGAGAGCUACAGCUCCGGAACACCAUGAACCAGGAGCAGAACUCAAAGCUGCAGCAGCAGAGGGAGAACUUGAACAAGAAGAACCAGGAGGUGGCCACCAUGGACAAGCGGGUCAGCGAGCUCCGUGAUCGCCUGUGGAAGAAGAAAGCAGCGCUGCAGCAGAAAGAGAAUCUUCCAAAUGGCUUCCCUGUUAAGGAAAAGGCUUCAAAAGAUACCCCACCCAAGGUCUCCUCUGAUGGCCAGCCCCCCCAGUCAGGGGGUCAGUCUCGCGUGGCUGCAGUGGGGCCGUAUAUCCAGUCAUCCACCAUGCCACGCGGCCCAUCCAGACACGAUCUGCUGAAGCCCGCCUACCCUGACGGCACAACAACACUGCCACCGCAGGACAGGAGCACCAGCAUGGUGUCGGCGCCGGGCAAACCUGGCUCAGGGCUGCAAUCAACAAAGGUGCUUAAAGUGUCUGACUGGAGCUCACCUCCCACAGAUUCCAACACCAGCCAUGCUUCGUCCACUUUGCCACGGCUGCCAAGCCAAGGACCAGCAGAGCAAGCUCCAGAUGACACAGAUGUGUUGAAAAGAGGACAGCAGGACCGGAAGGCACGUCCCCUGUCCAUGUUUGAAUCCACCGAGCAGUCCACAGCCUCCUUACGCAAGAACCAGAGCAGCGAGGACCUUGCGAGAGAUGCCCAGAAUGCUGCAAAACACCCGGUCAAAGUUCCCCCUCCUGUGCCAAGCAAACCCCGACAGGUCAAUCUGCCCUUCCCAGGCGCAGGCACCUUCCCAGGAAAGGGCAAAGUGAGCAGCCAGCAGCAGCGCACACCUCUUCCACCAGCCCAGAGUAACACACUUCCCCUACCAUCCAAGCAGGAAACCCCACCGGCUGCUACUGUACGACCUUUCACCCCGGAGCCCAAGGAGCCCCCGAUGCAGAAACCUCAGACGGUGGCAGCCAGCUCCAUCUACUCCAUGUAUACAAAGCAGCCCGCAGUCGGCAAGGGCUUGCAGCAAGGCGUGCAGGGAGCACUGAACCGUUCCCACAACCGCUACAACUUUGUUAGCAUGUAUGGUAAGCCUGUGAUCACCGCAGGCCAGCAAUCCCAGUCCCCGCAAAUGGACAACCCCUAUGUGGAGCGUCCUCACGUCCCUGAAACGGAGUCCGACCAAGUCACGAACGGCACUCCAGCAACCGAGAACCAAGAGACGGAACGUAUCCCGCGGCCACUGAGCCCCACCAAGCUGCUGCCCUUCAUCUCCAACCCCUACCGCAACCAGAGCGACAUGGACCUGGAGGCGCUACGCAAGAAGCUCUGCAAUGCUCCGAGGCCCCUUAAAAAGCGUAGCUCCAUCACUGAACCCGAAGGUCCUGCCGGUCCCAACAUCCAGAAACUUCUCUACCAGAAAACCACACUGGCUGCCAUGGAAACCACAGUCAAUCCUCCUCGACCUGCAGAGGAGAACACACCGCCUGAUCCGGUCAACACCGAAGAAUCCGAGCCUCCCGAAGAGCCCCUUGCUGACCCUCUGCCACCUACAGACGUUCUGAAAAUCGAUGGCGAGGACUUCAUCCCGCCCCCACCGCCACCUCACCCAGCCCCUCGCCCUGAAGACACUGUCUUAAUCCCACCACCACCUCCUCCUCCCGAGAUCGAAGAGCAGCUCUCGUUACCUGAUGACAGCUAUAUGGAGGAAUUCCCUCCCUAUCCUCCUCCUCCUUAUCCAAGCGGUGCUGAGCAGGAAGUUCUGGGGGAUGACAUAUUAAACAUGAAACCACCAGAGGUCAUGGGACAGGUGCCUCUACCUCCAGGCAAAAGGACGAAUUUGCGCAAAGUUGGAUCAGAGCGCAUCAGCCAUAGCAUGAGGGUGAAAUUCAACCCCUUGGCUUUGCUUCUGGACUCUUCUCUGGAGGGAGAGUUUGACCUGGUGCAGAGAAUUAUCUACGAGGUUGAGGACCCCAGUCAGCCUAACGAUGAAGGGAUCACGGCUCUCCACAAUGCCGUCUGUGCCGGACACACUGAGAUCGUCAAAUUCCUCGUACAGUUUGGAGUCAACGUUAACGCUGCCGACAGCGACGGCUGGACUCCGCUGCACUGUGCCGCUUCCUGUAAUAACGUGCAGGUGUGCAAGUUCCUUGUGGAGUCUGGGGCGGCUGUGUUUGCUGCCACAUACAGCGACAUGCAGACGGCUGCGGAUAAGUGUGAGGAGAUGGAGGAGGGCUACACCCAGUGCUCACAGUUCCUCUAUGGAGUGCAAGAGAAAAUGGGUAUCAUGAACCGGGGCGUGGUAUACGCACUGUGGGACUACAUGAGUGAAGAAGAUGACGAGCUGCAGUUCCGAGAAGGAGACUGUAUGACCGUGGUGAGGAGAGAGGAUGAGGACGAGAUUGAGUGGUGGUGGGCACGCAUGGGGGACAAGGAGGGCUACAUUCCCAGGAACUUACUCGGGUUGUAUCCAAGAAUCAAGCCACGACAAAGGAGCUUGGCUUAAAUCAACCAGAAAGGGAGAGUCUGUCGGAGAUCUGUGGGAAAUGUAUUAACACACCACAGACACUGGUUCAAGACUUGGAAUCAAAUGAAGAGACCAAAACAUGAAGGAUCUUUUUUUUUAAAGAACAAAGAGAACUGAACCUCCCACUACAGACACUGAACUUUUAUAUUCUAUGGUUUCAAGUUUUCUUUGUGCUGUUGUGAGUAGAUGACCAGCUUCUUGUGAAAUUUGCUUCCGGAAUAAAACCCGAAUCGUAUUCUUUAAUUUCACUACAGUGUAGCAGUGCAGAUAUUUUGCUGGAGCCUUGUCUUUGUUACAUGUCAGUUUAUGUAGUCUUGUCUUUUUUUUUUGAUACACACGUGCACACAGAGGGCUUGAAUAAUUCUGUUAAUUUACCAAAUCAAUAAACUGUCAAUGCACA